GAGGGACUGUGGCAAGACCACUUGCAGUCCAACCCUAGAAAGGAAGGGCCGAGAGGGAAGCUUGACUGGUGGAUGGCAGUAGAAAAGCCGAGUCCAUAGCACAGCCAGGGCAAAGUCUUCAGAGCUUUCCGCAAAUCCCCAGCACGAGUGUCUUUCAACCUACAACCAUGAAGACUCUCGAGCUCAAGAUUCGGGCAACCAACCCAGGUUCAGAACAGAAUCUGAAGCUAGCUUCUCGCGUCUACGUUGGAAGAGAUGCCCUCAUCGAACUGACAAACGGGGUGGAAGACGGCAAGCCCAUUACAAUUGAGAAAAUCUCAGAGGAUGGCCAAGCGGCGAGACGUCGGGAGGCAACUGUCUGGGCUUCCCCAACCAAACUGGUCAAAGUUGCCCAGAUGAGCGAGACUCUUCGCACAAUCUAUGGCUAUAGCAUAGGGGAUGUGGUCAGGAUAUCAUUCUCUCCUGGUAGCACUGUUCCAGACGCCGAAGAAGUCGUGCUCAAAGAGGUGACGCCCAAAGAUGGAGCAGCGGCUCCCCUGGAGACGGGGUCGAGUGACGGGUUUUGGGAGCAACUUGUCGCCCGGCAUCUGGUCCAUAUUGAAAAUGUCUUCGUUGGAAUGACCCUGAAGAAGCUACAGGCGCCUCCUCCUGUCCCUAUCUUCACAGUCUUGUCUGUCAACGGAUCACCCACCGCCCUCGCACGAUACAGCCACGGGAAAACGGUUGUCAGAAUUGGCGGUGACGAAACCCUACCGGUGAAUGGCGUGGACACUCGUAAGCUCGAGAUUGCCGAUGUUCCCGGCCGAGAGUCUCAGGUCAAAGAGCUCAACAAAUUCUUGCGCCGUUUUGCGGGAAACUCUGCCUACAAUCGACCUGACCUGCGGGCCGCUGGCCUUGUUAUUCAUGGCACGCAUGGUACAGGCAAGACGAUGCUACUGGACCGGAUAGCCAAGAUUGGAUGGGGAACAGUGCAUCGCAUUCAGUUCAAAGACAAGUUAUCCGACAUCCAGGAGACCCUUGUGAGGGCUCGGAGUCAGCAACCUAGCAUAGUCUUAAUAGACAUGCUCGAGAGGCUGAUAGACAAGGACCGAAGCAACCGCAGCGCCGUCAUUCUCGCCCUCUGUGAUACCCUUGAUGGACUGGCCCAAGACGCGAGGAACACAGGCGAGCUGCCUAGAGUCGUUGUCAUUGCUACCUGCUUGGAUCACACUACUGACUUGCCCGCCGAUCUCCGAGACCCAGGCCGGUUCACCAAGGACAUCUAUCUCCCCCUACCAGAUGUGCAGUGCCGAAGGGCUAUCCUGUCCUCAUAUAAUCUACCAUUUUCUCCCGAGAAGAAGGAGGAGGCACUAAAGGAUCUUAGCGAACGGACUCAUGCCUACAACGCCAAAGACUUGCAACGCCUUGUUGACGAGGCAGUCGACCUGGCCGAAGAGCUGAUCGGUCCCAACGAUGGCACCUCGGACGCAGAGCAAGCAGAGUUGUAUCUCCCGCCCGAAAUCUUCGAUCAGGCCCUCAGGAAAGUCCGUCCCAGCGCGAUGCACGACAUAAACCUGAAGCCGCCACCCAUUCGCUGGGACGACAUCGGCGGGCAGGACUCGGUCAAGGCAUCCCUGCGCCAGGCUGUCGCCUUGUCGACGGCGCCGAAGGAGCUCCUCAGCGCCGUAAUCGAGACCCCGCCCAAGGGCUUCCUACUCUACGGGCCCCCAGGCUGCUCCAAGACCAUGGCGGCCCAGGCCAUGGCGACCGAGUCCGGGCUCAACUUCUUCGCCGUCAAGGGCGCCGAGCUCCUGAACAUGUACGUCGGCGAGUCAGAGCGCGCCGUACGGCAGCUGUUCGAGCGUGCGCGCGAAGCCUCCCCCAGCAUGAUCUUCUUCGACGAGAUCGACGCUAUUGCCGGGCAAAGGCACGGCUUCGGCAGCGGCGGCACGAAAGCGACCAGCCACGGCGGACUGAACGUCCUGACCACCCUUCUCAAUGAGAUGGACGGCUUCGAGGCCAUGCAGGGCGUCCUCGUGCUCGCGGCGACGAACAGGCCGCAGGCACUGGACCCGGCCCUUCUCCGCCCGGGCCGUUUCGACGACCUCAUCUACGUCAGCCCGCCGGACCUCGGCGCCCGCGAGGCUAUCUUCCGCGGCGUGGCGCGCAAACGUCGUCUGCUGGAUGCCGACGUGCCGCGCCUGGCCGCCGCGACCGACGGGUACUCGGGCGCCGAGAUCAAGGGCAUCUGCGCUGUCGCGGGCAGGGCCGCCUGGGAGCGGUACACUCGGGACCCCGGGGCGGUGGAGCUGGGCAUCACCAUGGCAGACCUGGAGGCGGCGAUAGCGAAUCAGAAGAGGCAGAUAACGGAGGAGAUGUUGAGGGGGUACUCGGACUGGGAGGGCCAAUUCCGCAGGUAUUAACCAGAUGGCUAUGUCGGCUGGUGGUUAUGGCGGGAGGGCAUCGGUGGCCGGGAGAUGGUUUGCCAUGGAUAGCGUUAUCUCGCAAGAGGUACUCGAUCAGCAGGCCCCUUGCAACAUGCAUUACAUUGGGCUGGGAUGGGCGAGGAUGAGAGGGUCCAUCCGUACCUUGUUGCGAUAGAGGGAUGUGUGCACGUCAAAUAUCACAUAGAGGAAGGCAUAUAAAUGCUCUAGAAUCAUGACUAUUCAUACCAAUCGCCUCCCCUGUCUUAACUGUGGGGAUGGUCGUGGUGAUCGUCACAGACCUCUCCGGGUCCAUGUUAGAGCAAGUCCCAUCAUCGACCCCGUCCGGCCGCCGGAGGGCCGCAUUACUAUAAUUC